GAGCCACGUGACCAACAGGAAGCCAAACAGGCUGGAGUUUAGAUUUCUUCCGCAAACUUUACGAGCUUCUGCAGCUUUUCUAGAAGACCGAGGAGAGCCGGCUGCAGCUUGAAGACGUUUACAGAGCCCCAACGAUGGCGAAUCCGUUGCAGAAGCUUGUGGCGGAGAAGAAGGACAUGGUGGAGACGGUGAUGGAGGUGUUCGAACAGGGAGCCGAAGUGGUGGCCAGCAUCGCCGGAGACCUGUUCCCCGUGUUUUCCAUCGCCGCUCCCAUCGUCAAGCUGGCUCUGGACAACGUGGAGAGCAAAGAGGCGGCCUUCAUGAAGGAGCAGUUCCAGAAGGUCCGAGACCGCCUGGAGGUGGUCUCCGAGGAGCUGCAGCGGAUCAACGACGAGAUCAAGAAGAGCGGGGUGGAUGCUGCCUACUUCUCUGUGGAGGAAAACAUCACCAAUCAGUUCAGGAAGUACAUGGACAUCCUCAACGCCAAGCCGAAGUUCAGAGAGGUGAAGAAGAAGCUUUUCCUGGAACAUUUCGCCAAAACCGGUGGAGAUAAGAACCUGCACAUCCUCUACAACGCUGUGACCGGAGAAACUUUCUCCGGGGAGCCGAUCCUCGAGAUCAUCCAGAACUACGAGGAGAAAAGCCGCCGACCGAUGGAGGACUUUUGUGCUCGACUGAAGAAGCUCUUCUGCGUGGGGCUCAUUGCGCUACUGGGGCACGCUGCCCUGAAAGGCUACGACGAAGAUGAGGCUCUUCUGAAAGAGUGGGGAGAAAAUAUGAACAAAGUCCAAGCCAAAAUGAACGCCGUCAUCGAAGAUUGUAUCGUUAGUUUCCCUAAGCAGGCCGAGCAGGACUCCCGCCGCCUGGUGAGAGACCAGGAGGGCUUAUCCAACCAGCAGCUCGCCGACGCUGUCGUCGAGAAGCUAAAGAAGAAGUUCGACUGGGUGGGCUGGUCUGUGCGCGUCUUCAGGUCUCCCACUGGCCUGUUCACCAACAAGAAGGACUACCAGUGCGCCACCGGGAAGAGCCGCUUCCAGGUUCCCACGUCGGACGAGAAGCUGAACGUCUGGGUGUCGUUCAGCUCCUCGCCUGAACCCGUGGAUAAGAGCCACGUCCAGCAGCUGAUCCAGAGCCAGAAGAAGCUCACCGUGGUGGGUGUAGCCGAGUUCCUGUUCGAGAAGCUGCCGGGCGACUGCGUCGUUCACACCAUCAAAACCAGCAAAGACCUGGGCUGCGCCUGGAGCUUCGAGGACGACCUUCACUACUGGGAGGAGCACAAGAACUUCUACGUCUGCGUUCAUUCAGCCUGAAGAUUUAGAGAAAAUAAAUUAUAGCACCAUGCUGCUCCGCCGACCUCUGACCUUACAAAUGUUCCUCAGAAUGUGGCUUUAGAUAUGAUGAAGCUGAGUGUUUAUGUAUCUGAGUGAAGCUAGCAGCUAUCAGAGCAAAGCCAUUCAACAUUAAAGACUCAAAUUUCCAAAGAUUUAUAAUUUAAUCAACUGCUUCCCUGUUGCCAUGUCACUGCAGCUUUUCCAACCCCAAAACAAAACUAACAGUAAAAAUAAGCACAUUUAUAUAUCCGUGUUCAUUUGCAUUGUUCAACAGAAGAAGUGGCCAGAAAAAGCUGCAGAGCAACAGGGACCCUGUUGAGUUCAUAAAUUAAGAAAUUACACAGUCAUCUUCUGCAAGAGCACAUUUUCAGAGCAACUCCAAUUUUAUCGUUUAAGUUUCUGUGCAGCUGUUAGCAUCACUCACUGACUGGUGGCCUGAAAACAAGUUAGCACUCUAAAAUAAUCUUUUAUAAAAUGUUUUAUUCCUUCAGCUGUGGAGAAAAACAUCUUCUGUCUUUUUUCAGAACAAAUUCUUGAGAUAAACUCUGAUGUGAGUUUCAUAACAAUAUUCCUGUCCUUUUGAAGAUUUUGGCAGGAUUUAGUGUUUCAACCUGGACGUGUUUUAUCAGAAAGAGAAAAUUGUUAUGGAUGUUCUGGUGCCGAUGAAGCUGAGCUCACCCUAAAUGGGCCGUUUGUAUCCAAACCACGGGAAAAACUAGAAACCCUCCGUUUGAUUUCACUUUUCGUUCUUGCUUGGCCUAAAAGAAAAUGACACUGUUUCCUUUUCUUCAUCAGCUCUGAUGCUCCGGCAGCAGCUUCUUCCUGCUCUGACGUUUCACUUUUCUGUGCAGCUUAAAUUCACUUUUGAAAGGUUCAGUUGAAUUUUUGAUUCAUUUUGGGUUUUGGGGAUUUUGUGUUUUUAUUCAAAUGUUUCUAAUCUGACAUUAAUGUUCACACUACCUGCUGACAGUGCAAUCAUAUUCAAUCGAUUAGAAACGGCUUUAAAGGAUCAAACGUACUUUUUAUUAAUUAAACCCACAUUUCUGUUUCAAAAUGUUUGUUUUUUUUUGCAUCUAUUGCCCUAUUUUGUAUCUUUUUAUUUUUACCAUCUGUAAACAGAAAAUCAUCAUAAUUAACAAAAGGCUUAAAAAUAUCAGUAUGUUCUAUGUGUCUCACUUUUUGGGAAUUUAUUAAUGAAUCUAAUGUACUUUUAAAAAUAUUCAGACUUAUUGAAUGUGACUGUAUAAUGCUCUGACUAUUCAUAGUUUUCUGGUCUUUUGUCGCCGUUUUGUUUCUUCUUGUUCAAUUGAUAUAAAAAUACUCAAUAACACAUUUUGUGAUCUUUUUAUUUUACACUUUCUGUUGCAUUUGUUCCCUGUAAUCAACAAAAUAAAUACAUCUUGAUUA